AUGGAAGCUCUGGACGGAUGGCUCCACUUCCCCAUGCAUCAUGACAGCAUCAACCAUGACUUUGCCUUGAGAAGAUUUUGCCCUGCCAGGUUAGAGCAGGAACAAGGCCAACCGGGGCAGUGGGAGGAGGAGGACGACACAUUGUGGAUCCAGAUCCAUCCGCACUGUUCACCUAAUCGCGGCCCUGACAACACCCCUCACCUAGCUUCCUCAUCUGAGGUCGACGAGUUUGUCGAUAGCUUCAUCAACAUGGAAGAUCAUCAUAUCCACGACAAUGUGGGUGAAUUCGAUGGCACUGUCAUAUCCUUGGGUAAACUGGAAGAGGACAUCGGAGGAUUCUCCUCCUCCAUGGCAAAUGAUGCGCGCGGUGGCGAUCACCUCCCUCUCAUGAUCAACAACAUUGAAGGGGAUGAGAUGGACAUCAUCACAGAGGAGUCGAUUCAAAACUCCGAGAUUGGUCAAGGCAUGGUCAAUCAGGAGGCGAGCCAAGGGGUCGACCAAGGGCUCCACUUGGUCCACUCAUUGCUAGCGUGCGCUGAGGCGGUGGGUUGCCGAGACAUGCAACUUGCCGACUCUCUGCUCUCCCAAAUCUGGGGCUCGGUCACCCCACUUGGCGACUCUCUCCAGCGCGUUGCCUACUGCUUUGCCGUCGGAUUGAAGUCCAGACUCUCCCUUCUUCACAAUGUCAACAUGAAUGGCACUUUCUCCACAACUACCCCAACCAACUCACCAAAUGACAUGUCCCCCCCUCCCAUUACCAGGGAGGAAAAGAUGGAAGCUUUCCAACUCCUCCACCAAACCACUCCUUACGUCGCCUUCGGCUACGUGGCAGCCAAUGAAGCAAUUCAUCAAGCUGCUCAAGGGAGGGAUUCGCUGCACAUCAUAGAUCUAGGACUCCAACACACAUUGCUCCAGUGGCCCUCUCUGUUGAGAACUCUAGCCUCUAGGACAGAGGGCCCACCAAGAUCGCUCCGGAUCACGGGACUCAUCGGUGAUCCUGAUCACUCCCCAGUGGUGGAAUCUGCCAUGACAUCCCUCGCUCAGGAGGCUGCUUCGUUAGGUAUAACCUUGCAAUUCAACAUCGUGAUGGAUCCGCCGACCCCUUCGCUCUUCACCAGAGAGAAGCUCGGGAUAGUGGAAGGAGAGGCAUUGUACGUGAACAGCAUGAUGCAGAUGCACCAGUACGUCAAGGAGAGCCGAGGCUCGCUCAAGUUGAGCCUCCAGGCCAUCAGGAAGCUUGGGCCGACCCUACUGACGGUGAUCGAGCAGGACGCGAACCACAACGGGCCCUUCUUCCUAGGGCGGUUCCUGGAGUCGCUCCACUAUUACUCGGCCAUAUUUGACUCGCUGGAGGCGAGCCUGCCUAGGAGCAGCGUGCAGAGGAUGAAGAUAGAGGGGAAUCACUACGCGGAGGAGAUAAGGAACGUGGUGGCGUGCGAGGGGUCGGAGAGGAGGGAGAGGGGGUGGGUCUGGGGAAGUGCACGAGCCGAGCAAGGAUGA